AUGGCUCCUCCUUCGACCUGUGAACGAAUUGUCAGUAACCUUGGCAAUGUGCUUGGCAGCCAAUGGAAAUAUACAGAGGCGGAAGCGAUACAUCGACGAGACCUGAAAGCGAGUGAGCAAGUGCUUAGACGCGAGCAUCCUGACACGCUCAGCAGUGUCAGUAACCUUGACAAUGUGCUCUUUUUCCAAGGGAAGUAUGAAAAAGGCAAAAACGAUGUAUCAACAGGUACUAGAAGGAUAGACAGAGGUGAUUGGACGUAUACAUCAUAUCCCAAACCAGUGACCAGUCUCGAUAUUCUUUAG